CUGCUUAGUAUUAACGUGUUCGUGUUUCUUCUUAGAUUACAGCAUUUUGACUAUGUCCGAACUUCUGAUCUUCAAAGAAUUGGUCUUAGCGGUCCUGCCAUAGGCAGAGUUAAGGAAGCACUAAACGUUUGUCGUGAAAAUGCUGGUUUGCCAAAAAAUCGACGAAGGCGACACCACUACAGGCUUUCCUUUGGGAUUCCUUUUUUCGAUCUGUUGCGAUAUGGGCCUCCUCGCGAUGUUCCUAUUUUGACAGCUCUAAGCGAUUCUGUGUCGUCACCUCAGGCUCUACAUCGUCGUCGCCAAUCUGAUUAUGGAGGCUUGCAAUCUUCCACCUUAGACGACCUUAUCGCCUGUCAACUUAUCCGUCCAGAUGACAUCACUCUUCACGAAAAAGACGACGGACGCCUUGGUUCAGGGUCUUUUGGCGUGGUUAGGCGUGCUGACUGGCGGACGCCAGCUGGCAAAACGCUUCCCGUAGCUUUGAAGAUUCUGCGGCGCAGCAAGACAAAGGACAUUGACUUCUUCUCAAGUGUCCUGUCAGAGGUCAUGCUUAUGCAGUCAGUUUCACACCCGAACCUUGUCCGAAUCUACGGAAUCAUCCCACUUAACCCGCUCGUCAUCGUCACGGAACUAGCGCCACAAGGCAGCCUACUCGCAACCCUGCGCUCUCAUAGUCACCGACUAAUGCUUAGUAAAAAGGAUUCCUUCAAUGAAAUCUGUACACCGACGGCGUUUAGUGUGGACCUCCUUUGGGACAUGGGCAUCCAGCUGGCGCGCGGGAUGUCCCAUCUGGCCUCGCGCUACCUCGUUCAUCGGGAUCUCGCUGCGCGCAACGUCCUCCUCUUCUCUGGCUACGGGAAGGCCGUCACCGUGAAGAUCGGCGACUUCGGCCUCCUGCGACGUGUCGCUUGCGACUCCGGCGAAGACCCCUCCGCGUUUGUGUACGUCGGCCAUGGCAAACAGCGUAUCCCCUUUGCUUGGUCCCCGCCAGAGGCCAUCCGCGGCCGCCGAUUCUCCCAGGCCUCGGAUGUGUGGAGCUGGGGCGUGACGCUGUGGGAGAUUUGGACUGGGGGCGGGGAGCCCUGGGCUGGUCUCUCCUCCGACGCUGUCCUCGCCGAACUCAACUCCCAGCGUCGAUUGGCCUGGCCGCGACUAACGUGCCCUCGAAAGCUCUACCAAUUGAUGCUGGCCUGUUGGCGUUCAGAUGCCCCCAGUGAGGUGGUGGCGACACAGAACUUCGACGAAGCCGAUCGCAUGGACGUCGUCGCGGGCGACCGGAUUGUCGUGAUCGACGGACAGGCGGAGAACUUUUGGUGGCGCGGGCAGAAUCGUCGAACAGGCGAAAUCGCCUCCUUCCCCCGGGAAAUCGUCCGACUUCAGCGAAAUCUCUCCUCUCAAGACAUCAGCAGACCGAUGCAAAACUCCUUCGUCCAUGCUGGUCAUCAUGGCUUCGAGGGGCGAGAUUGGGGCCACGUUGAUCGCGUUGACCCGGUUUUCCUAUCAGGCAUAACGCCGCACCACGCUGACACGCUGGGUCAAACCUACGUCCAACAGGCUUCCAAUUUCUCCAUUUCAUCGUCGUCGUCGUGGAAACCGCUUCGCAACAUGUCCGCAGGUGGUUUGCCUGCGGCGGGUGGCUGUUUCGGCGACGAGAAUUCCUCCUCAUUGCCCGACGAUCCGCAGGUCGGGAACUACGAUGAAGCGGAGGAAGACGAACGACGUCUGCUGGAUGCAUCAACGUCGGGAACUAUUGCUAGGCAACAGCUUCCACCACCUCCGUUACCGUCGAAUUUGUCGAAAGGCUUGGAAUCGUCUCUCCGCAGUGAGUACUACUCACUGGGCAACAGCACCCCAGCAACCAUUGCCUCCACGUCUGCAUCCGCCUCCAGAUCGAAGGGGGAAGACGCCACGCCGACGGCUUCAAGUGUUUCCCAUCGCGUCUCCAACUCCUUCACUGCCUCCGGCGCCCCUGACACCGACCCGUUUUCCCUUAUCGAUUUCCAUCACUCCGCGGAUGGGACUACUAGGUGUCCGACACCGUCGGCGCCCAUUUACCAAUUCGCGCCGCCGCCACCGCCACCCCCGCCUCAGCGGCCUCCCACCAGCCCCUACUUCCAGGCCGCCUGGAACUGCUGGAUGCGCAGCGGCGAUGGCGCCGUACCUCGCAAUCCCCCUCCGAACCCUCCAGUCUCCUGCGACCCUCCUCCGGUACCCCACCGUGCCGCUGACAUCGAUCGUAUCCGAGUGCUCUUCGACGCACAAACUAUCUCCACGUCGUCGUCGUCAGCGUCGUCUAGACCUGUGCAGCAGCGCGAACAGGAACUUCUUGUUGGAGCCGCUGCGUCAUCUUCAAAUCCCUUUUUGCAACCCCGGACAUCAGAUCUCCCUCAGCACACCACAACAUCGCGUUCCUCGUCAUUCUCGAAUUGUCCGCCAAACCCCGCCAAUUUCGUUUCCUCAGAAGGCGAAUCUGGAAAAUCGUCUCCCACUUCUGUCUCCCUUUCCCUUCCGGUUUCAUCGGAACGCGAUCCAUGCACAGCUUCUCCUGACUCCCUAUGGACGUUCCCCGUUAGCACUGCAUUCGAUCCGGUUGAGGUGGAUCUGGUUGCCAAGCGACUUCCAGGCGGCUGCAGUCUGACAGAGGCGCGAGACGCCCUCAACUGUGCCAUCAACUCUCCACGAGCUCGCAGCAUCAUCCACCUCCACUCCCCGCCGCCAUUGGCCGACGUAAUGGCACCCGGCGCGCGUGAUUGGCGCGUCAAGGUUGCUGUUCGUCUGCUUCUGUUGCGCCGAUUGGUGCGUCUGCAGCUGUGCACCGAUCUUGAAUUGUGCUGGUCGGCGCUGGAGAAGGCUGAUUGGUCGGUGGAGGGUGCUACGUCGACAAGCAUUCCUUAUUUGACGGCUGAGAAUGGAAUGCGCAUUCCCUGUUUGGGCUUGGGCACUUUUAAGUUAAGAGGCGAUGAUGGUGGUGUGGCGCUGAACGCCGCCCUGGAAAUCGGCUACCGGCAUUUCGAUUGCGCUCACCUCUACAACAACGAGGAGGAGUUAGGUCGAGUUUUCCACGCCUGGAUCGAGUCCGGACGCGUCAGGCGGUGCGAUCUAUUCAUCACCUCCAAGCUAUGGAACACGUUCCACCGUCCCAGUCUCGUAAAACAGGCCUGUGCGACCUCUGUUCAGCGACUUCAAGUCGACUACCUGGAUCUAUAUCUCAUUCACUGGCCUGUUCCUUAUCAGCCUUCUGAUGUUAUGGUACCCAAGGAUGGUCACAACCAAACGCUAUUUGACGAUGUUGACAUGUUGGACACUUGGAGGGCAAUGGAAAACUUAGUGACAGGUGGACUAUGUCGAUACCUUGGAUUAUCGAAUUUUAAUGUUCGCCAAAUUGAGCGGAUACUUACUAACAGCGCGAUUCGACCGUCGGUACUGCAGAUUGAAAGCAAUAUCAGUUUUCCGAAUCAAUCGCUAAUCGAUUUUGCCCAAACAAAUGGCAUUGUUGUCACUGGCUACUUUGUUCUUGGCUGUCCUUACUUUCAUUCUAAACUCACUAAAAGGCCGCUGUUAGAGUCGCAAGAAAUCCGUGAAAUUGCCAAUAAGUACGGCAGAACGACUGCUCAAGUGGCUCUCAGGCAUGGACUCCAGCGUGGUCUGUGUGUUCUAUUUAGAAGCAAAACGCCUUUACGACUUGCCGAAAAUUUUCAGGUGUUUGACUUUGAAUUGAGUUCGGACGACAUGGAUCGCCUCGCUUUACUUGGCACAGGCGAGCGGAUUUUGAAGGGAGCUGCCAUGAGAGGACAUCCCGAAUACCCUUUUGAAGAAAAUGACCGGCAAUCCGCGCCGAUGUCGCAUGAAGCGAGCACUUCACAUAAUGACGAUGAUAAUGUUGUGGCCUCACUAAAGUUCUACGGCCAACGUCGUUCCUCUGAUGUUCCAGAUCCGAGAGAAAUAGUAAUCCCAGUGGACAACGUCCAGUACGUCGAAACGACCGACGACAACGGACUCCCGGGUCUGGAAAUAUCCUUCAACAUCGUGCACGACUUCUCAACUCUCAUUUCUGAUGAAAUCAAGGAAACAUUGAAGGCGAUCAUUGAAGGCCAAGAAUGGGGUUGUAAGAAGAAAUCAAUUAACUUCUGUUUACCACGCGGUCAAUCAGUGGAUAUUCAAAAGCUCAUACAUCAGGCUGUUCGCACAAUUGAAGACGUUGCUACCACAGGCAGCCAAUGCGACACUGCUAAGCAUGAUGGAAAUUGA